AUGCGAGGUGGUAUCAUCGCAGAAAUCACGCUGCGCACUCUUUUGAAACUCGCCGUCGACCGAGGGCAGAUGAUCCUGCGCAUGGCUCUGUCCCAGGAAGCCAGUGACGAGCACAUGGAUACGGGCUCUUACACGGGCUCUUACAUGGGCAAGGUCAAGGAGGCCCUUUGGGGGGCAAUAUGGACGCAAGAGUCUAAGGGCAGGAGGCCAAGUUGUCAAUUAGAGAGUACCGACCGAAGUUGUUAG